GCAAUCUGUCACCAAGUUACAUAUUCAACGACAAGGCUCUCAAUUGAGCCUGUCUCAAGUGUGAAAUGGCUUCCUACUGCCAUCUGGUAAGAGAUUUUGGCGAUAUGAACAUACCUAGGUAAGCCGGCCGCCAUGACUCCUUUGGGUGCUUGGAUCGCCAGCAGACCUCGGUUAACGGUUUGGCCUUUAUGCCCAUAUUGCGCCUCACCCCACCAGCUUACCUCACUUCCUUGAACUUCUCCCAGGCCGAAUGCCAUACCGUUUCCAGUCCAGAUGACUGACCCUGACUUUGCGUAGCCACAAUCAUGGAACAGGGAGUUGAGAAUGAAGACCAGCCCCAUGAUAUCAAUAAUGUCGAGUCCGAGUCUUCUCAACGUGAGGGCGAUGAUGCCUCGGCGAAACGCCCUGCCGCUGGUCUGUCUCGACGCCAGAAGAUGAGUGCCGCCCGGCUAGAACGGCGUCGGGCGGUGGAUCGUGAAUCCCAGCGGGCAACUCGCGCUCGUACCAAGGCAUACAUCACCCAGUUGGAAAACAACAUCGCCGCCAUGGAACAAAACGCUACCAACGGGAGAACCUCGACCUUGGUCCGGCAACUCCAGCAGAAACAAGAGGAGAUCGAUCGUCUUAACUGUCUGGUUGCAAACGUCCGAAAAUUACUGAGUGCCAGUAUUGGCAACGGCGACAAGAGUGAGUGAGAUCGCCUCUGGGGAGUCAGUGCCAUCACUUUCAGAUACACUUGUCUUUAGAGGACACUUUCUCGCCUCGAUUUGACGAUUGUCGCUCGCCAGCACCAUCGACCUUGGCUUAGAUGCUAAUCAUUUUGCUUUGCAGCUUCUUCUGAUGACCUCGCCGACACCAACCUCGCACCUAGUCACAAGAGCUCGGAAGCAUCCGCGGCCCGUCUUUGGCUCAGUGCGUACGACUCGCCGUCGGAAACAUCCUCGGCCGAUGACAGCAUGGCAUUGUGUCCAUUCUCCGCCGCGUUGAAAUGCGCAGAUGGGCCCAAGAACUACUUCCGCAACCUGAACACGGCGGUGGAGUUCAUUCAAGCUAACGGGCGAUCGACGAUUUUUGCGGGCCAGGACGAAGCCGUUGACGAUGAUAUUGCCAUCCGUGCCGUUUUACAUGGGUGGCGAGCGGCGGAAGAGAAGCACGAUCUCGACCUAGCCUGGCAAUUUUCCAGGGCAGUGGAUCAAGGAUUAUAUAGUCGAUGUGACCCCGUCGUCAGGCUGGCGUCCAUUCGAAGCAUCAGAACCUCAGUGGUACACAAGCUGCAGGGCAAUAACACCUCAAAGCGAAGAAACCAGCCUGGCUUUAUGAAGCCAACCGAGGUACAGCAGACAGUCAAACACCCUAGCAUUGUCGACUUUUUUGUCUGGCCCCAGGUUCGCGAUUGGCUCAUCAACGCAAGAAUCACAUUCGUGUCAGAACACGAGUCCUCUGCCUUCGCAGACCAUUUGAGGUUCAACUGGCCUUAUGAGCUUCGAGAUGUUUGCAGAGGGCACCGAGAAACAGGCUUGUACUCAUUCUCCGAGGGUUUCGACAGGGCUUUCAAUGAUCUGUCCAAUUGGACCAUUGCUUCCGAAUUCUAUGGAGUAUCUUCCAUGUCUCCGCUGGUGCUGCAACCAGACUGUCCAAUCAUGCAGCGGCUCGAAAUCCAACGACAACUGCGUGCUAGUCAAGAGGCUGGCAUGGUGGUGCCCCUGGGUGACCAAUCACAGGUACAGGAAGGAAACGACCCUGAAGUGCACUGGUCUUCGUCACUUGUCAGAUUGGACGGCAAUGCUGACCAUGAACCUGGAGACACAGACUUCAGCUUCCCAGCUGCUUUUAUCUCUUCACAGUGGCCCGAACUGACUGACAUCAUGGACAACGGCAACGGAUGGGUGACUUGAAAACUCUUGAGAUCUCGGUCUUGAGCCAAACAAAACACGGCUCCAUCACCCAUGAAAAGCAAAGGGACAACCUGUCCCAGCUGCUCCUCCUCUGAGACAGUACUCGUUCAACUGUUCGACUUCAAGAGCUACCGCCUUGUUGGCCACGUGUUCAUAUUUUAGCGGUCCUAGUUCUUCUGGCAAGAACCCAUCGCUCUUGAACUUGGGGCCAGGAUGAGGUCCAGAAGACAGUCCAAGUAUUGAGGAGAGACGCGACCUCCAUGUCUCUUGGACGUACCAAGGCUCAAACAGGUAUUGUCGUCGAUGUAGGCGACCGUCCGACCCUUGAACGGUGCGAAAGGGACUUUCAAUCCGCGGCAGGAAUGUGUGCCUGACGAGGAAUGCGCGGAUUCUGAAACUGAUGUGAACAAAUUGUUCAACCCAAUAUGGAGGAUCCUGCACACCGAGGCUCGGUCGAGCAUAGGGCUCCAAGAAAGCGGCAGUGGCAGUCCUGACGGCGCCGUGCAGAAACUGAGGAGUCUUCCUCAAAAAAAGGUUGACCGUUGCAUCGACGCACGCUUUGUUGUCGUCUGUGUAAAACAUAUGAUCCUUUUCAUACGCGACAGUCCAAGUCUUGAGUUCGUCAAGCGUGUCCGGAAUGUUUUUGAUACCCAUCCGAUUACCAAUUUCCUUCCAAUAGACGAACGAGGCGACUUUUUCCAGAUCCGUCAGCUUCCGCCAUUCAUAAGCGUCGAUCCACCUCUGCGAUUCGAGGAUAAAGAGUGCAAGAGUGUGGAUCAAGUCACCAUUGGUGAUCUUCGCACCGUAGCGACGAUGCAGCCAGUUCAUUUUGGCCAGGGCACGCAUCCCGCGCUCCGAAUCGACUCCCAUGACCAAGAUCUCACCGAGAAAGACGCCGGUGUCUUCAGCGCGUUUGCCGACUGUCUUUUCGUCCGUCAAUUGUCGCGUUUGCACCAAGAGUUUGGUCCCGUUGGCGAUUCCAUACGACUUGACCAAAGCCCAUUGCGUGCCGAAUCCCCACAUGAAUGGAAAUUCGUACAAUAAGCCUAGUUUCAUGAUUUCAUGGGCUGAUUUGUAAUCGAGACUGUUCGCAUUGGCGGUGAAUUGUCCAUACCGUUGAUUGAUCCUUCGUAGAUUGUGGUAGCGAAGAAUACGCACAAUCACGAGGUAGAUGACGGCGAUAACCAGAAGAGAGCGCCAGGAGAGAACAUCCUUGAUCUUGUCGCUCAUUGUCUUGACGGAAGAAAUGACGGAUUCAUUCUGAGGUAGGAAGUGGACAAUACGAUGAAGAAGAUGCUGUGAUUUCAGAUCACUCGAUUCAGAAUCCAUCUCUCAGAACCAAUGUCAGACACUAACUUAGGUCAGUGUCAGCCUGCUGCCUGUCAGGGUCUUCCGGAGGUCACAUUUAAGAGAUGGUUGUAUAUCCCAACCAAAUAGCUAAGAUAGAUGUCGUUUCUCGUUUCUCGUUUUCGUUUCUGCAAGAGGGAAAAUGAAGGUCGAUUAUGAUUCGUCGCAAACUCUCAGCAAAGACGGAACGAAGAACCGCCGCUCCUGGAGAGGUACUCAAGGAGAUGCAAGAAAGACAGACCAGGGACACACAAAAAGGAUUAUCUAGGUACUUAAUAAUCAUCAUCAUCACAUUGGCAGAACA